GCUCGAUGGUUCCGAUGAAGCAACGACAACCUUCCAUAGAUCUUCAGCACGAGCCCCAACGCAACGGCGCGAAGAGAAAGAAGUUCAAUCAAGGACAAUGCAAUGGUGUUCAGUCAACAUCGAUUACACCCAACGUACCGCCACAGCGUACGCGGAUACUGAGUCGCAAAUACAUCUUAACCAAAACGGGGUAUAAGUAUUUCGAACUCGGCAUUGGUAUUUCAUUGAUGGAUGCAACACCAACCGUUGACAUAGCUCUAGGCGACAACAAUGGGAACGAGGUGCUUCUGUCGUCAGAAAUGUGGAAGAUGUUGUUGGACAACGAACGAAUAAUUAUGUCCUAUUUGUCGGAGCAGAGCGACGCGCAGCCGCCUAUUCUUGUAGACGAUCUGGUUGUAUUGUUCAGCUUGAUAAACAACGCAAAGAUCAUGCGUCUGACUACAAAGAAUAGUCGCAUAAUAUUGUCCCACCAAUCAAUGUGCAACUUGUUCAACUUGAAACAUUGUGUUGCGUGCAUCAUCGCCUACUUGAACGACGCCGUUAUUCGCGUGCGAAACAGAUUGUCGCAGUAUUUCGCGAUCCAGUCUGAAUUAUCCGAUUCCGCUAGCUUCGCAAAUGCUGUCGCACAGAGCGGUGACUUCGAUGUCAACGAUAUUGUCGAUUGCAAACUGUUAGCUGUAUGUUACGGCGUUGCGCCUUAA